AGUGGCCAACAUGGAAGGAAGUAAAGAGACAGCUUCAUCGAAUGCACUUCUAAAAGAUGAAUGCUAUACAGAUUUCUGUACUGAGGACUUUGAUGUAAAGACCUACACAGCUCAGGCCAUCCACCAUGCAGUCAUCGCCGAGCAGCUGGCCAAACUCGCCCAGGGCAUCAGCCAACUGGACAAAGAGCUCCACGUGCAGGUGGUAGCUAGACAUGAAGACUUGUUGGCUCAAGCAACAGGGAUUGAGUCUCUUGAAGGUGUGCUGCAGAUGAUGCAGACCAGGAUUGCAGCGCUGCAGGGGGCGGUAGACAGGAUAAGGACUAAAAUCGUUGACCCAUACAAUAAGAUUCUGGCCCGGACUGACCAGCUGGCCAGAUUGCAGGUGGCUUGUGACCUGCUGAGGAGGAUUAUUCGCAUCCUGUACCUGAGUAAGCGUCUGCAGGGCCAGCUGCAGGGGGGCAGCCGUGAGGUCACCAAGGCAGCGCAGAGCCUCAGUGAGCUGGAUUACCUGUCGCAGGGUGUGGAUCUCUCCGGGAUCGAAGUGAUCGAGAACGACCUCCUGUUCAUCAGCCGCGCCCGUUUGGAGGUGGAGAACCAGGCCAAACGUCUGCUGGAGCAGGGCAUGGAGAUACAGAACCCCACUCAGGUGGGAACAGCCCUGCAGGUCUUCUACAACCUGGGCAGCCUGAAGGACACCAUCGGCAGCGUGGUGGACGGGUACAGGGCCUCCAUUCAGGAACAUGUGGCCGACGCCCUGAACAUCAAGGUCCUGUACCAGUCGGGAAACACCAGAGGGGCUCCAGGCCGGGCAGCCAUGCCCACCCCAGGGAACACCGCUGCUUUCAGAGCAGCUCUCUGGACCAACCUGGAGAAGCUGAUGGACCAGAUCUGUGCUGCCUGUGGUCAGGUCCAGCACCUCCAGAAGGUUCUGACUAAGAAGAGAGACCCUGUCACACACGUGUGCUUCAUCGAUGAAAUUGUCAAGGACGGACAGGCCGACAUCAUGUACACGUUCUGGAACUCCGUCACCCGGAUUCUUUCCGUGGAAUUCCAGAAGGCGACCGGUGCCUCCUCAUUCCUGAGGCAGACCCUUGAAGGCGAAUACCCGAAGCUCCUGCGGCUCUACAACGAGCUGUGGAAGAGGCUGCAGCAGUACAGCAGCAGCAUCCAGGGGGCGCUGGCGAGCAGCGGGGGCCUCGACCUGCCCAUGGAGCUCUCGGCCUCAGACCUGGAGCCCCAGAACCUCUUCCUGCAGGCCAAGCAGGCCAAGCAGGGCUAUGACCCAGAGAAGGCCCUGAAGGACUCCCUCCAGCCCUAUGAAUCGGCCUACCUGUCCAAGUCCCUGUCCCGUCUCUUUGACCCCAUCAACCUAGUGUUCCCGCAGGGGGGCCGCAAUCCCCCCUCCACCGACGAGCUGGAGAGCAUCAUCAAAACCAUAGCCAGUGAGCUGAACGUGGCAGCGGUGGAUCCCGUCCUGACCCUGGCCGUGGCGAAGAACGCCGCCAAGACCAUCCAGCUGUUCUGCGUGAAGUCUGAGCAGCUGCUGUGCACCCAGGGUGAUGCCAGCCAGGUCAUCGGGCCCCUGACAGAUGGACAGAGACGAAACGUGGCCGUGGUCAACUCCCUGUACAAGCUGCAGCAGGCUGUGGGGAAGGUGAUCGCUGGGAUGACCUCAUUCCCUCCAGCUGCAGAGCAGUCCCUAACUUCUGUGUUGGAGUCUCUCCUGGCCCUGAUGGCCGCCGCAGUCCAGCCUCUGCUCCUGUCCGUCAGCGACUCCGUGGAGGCCAUCAUCAUCACCAUGCACCUGGAGGACUUCUCUGGGCCGCUCUCCGCCCCAGGGAAGCCAGAGGUGCCAUGCUCUCUGUACAUGAAGGAACUGCAGGGCUUCAUCUUGCGCGUGAUGAGCGACUACUUCCGCCACUUCCAGUGCCUGGACUUCAUCUACGACAACACGGAGGCCAUCGCGCAACGCGCCAUCGAGCUGUUCGUCCGCAACGCCAGCCUGCUGCGCCCCCUGGGGGAGGGGGGGAAGAUGAGGCUGGCGGCCGACUUCGCCCAGAUGGAGCUGGCAGUGGCCCCUCUCUGCAGACGGGUGGCUGACCUGGGCAAAGCCUACCGCCUGCUUCGCUCUUUCAGGCCCUUGCUCUUCCAGACCAGUGAACACAUCGCCAGCAGCCAGGCUGUGGGAGACCUCAUCCCCUACAGCACCAUCCUACACUUCCUGUUCACACGGGCCCCGCCCGAACUCAAGUCUCCCCACCAGAGGGCCGAGUGGUCCAUCGCCCGCUACUCCCAGUGGCUGGACGACCACCCCUCAGAGAAGGAUCGCCUCACCCUCAUCAAGAGCGCUCUGGAGGCCUAUGUGCAGUCGGUGAGGGCGCGGCAGGGGAAGGAGUUUGCGCCCGUGUAUCCGAUCAUGCUCCAGCUGCUGCAGAAGUCCACCACGGGGGUGUAGGGCUUCACAGAAACCCUGGGGUGUAGGGCUUCACAGAAACCCUGGGGUGGAGGGCUUCACAGAAACCCAAAGGUCAUUCCCUUCAUUUCCCAUACUCCAAAUAUGAAACCUGUCUGCUUAAUGGGAGUAGAGGCUGUGUGUUAAAAAAGGAUCAUAACCAUCUUUUUCUGAUUAGUUUUGAUUUGUUUUCCAUUGAUCAUGUUCCUGUAUAGUGAUUGGAACACAUCACUAAGUGGUGUGGGUUGGGUAAAAUAAAUUAUUCACUCUUCCUUUGAUUAUUUCGAAUACAUGUAUGUGCUAUUGUAUAUUUACUGUAGAAUACACUGCAAAUCUUGUAAACAUGUAAUAUGGGACAGGCCUUGUGGUUUUAUUAUUAAAGGGCAUAUAUCUAAA